AUGGUUCUCCUGAGUAACCAUAAUGUGCCAACACGUCUGUUCGACGUCAUGGAUGCGUGCGACACCCUCCAGUCACCCUGCACCGCAAGCUCGACGAAUUUGACGUCAUUUGUCCUUCCUCCAUCCGAUGGCUCUAUCGCAUUUCCUCAAUUACUCGACUUUCAUCUCGAAAACAAUCCGGACUAUCCUUAUGCGGUUCUUGUUAGCUUGGACGACGAUCCGGACGAGAACGUGACUGUCACUUGGGCUGAAGUCGCCCGUGCAUCCUUCAGACUGGCCGCGAAGCUCCGAACGCUGGUGAAGGUAUCAGAUGAGCAGAGGAGAGAGGGUGUUCGUAUUGCAAUACUGGCAAAUACAGAUACUCUCACCUAUGUUACCCUCAUUUUUUCAGUUUUCCGGGCUGGCUUUGUGGCCUUUCCCCUCAGCACGCGGAACUCCGCGGCCCCAGCCCUGGAGCACUUGAUCCAGACGACCAACACGGCCUAUGUAAUUGGAUCCAUUGCUGCCCCUGGAUCUGCACCUACGUCUCUCGAAGAGACUACUGCGACACUUCUGGCUCAUGUUCCUACGCUCCAGCUCUUGGAAUUUCCCGGGUACGCAGACCUGUAUCCAAGGCUCAGCAUGAGCCCCAUUCCGCCAUACGAUGCGGAGCACGACGCUAUUCAUACCCCGAAACUUCCCUCAGUCGAAUCGUUUCCAGAGUACAAGGAUAUGACGAACCAGAAUGUUCUUAUGAUUCUCCACUCUUCUGGAAGCACUGGAUUCCAUAAAGCGAUACCUAUGACUCACCGAUUUCUCAACUUUGCUUUCAGGUCCCACGGAAAUUCUGUGACUGCAACAAGAUGCUGUCUUCUGGGUCUUCCCGUCUUCCAUGCUAUGGGGAUCUUCGUAAUGGUUGGGCUUCCCGCCACGUAUGGAACGACUAACGUCAUGUUCAAGCCAUCAAGCGGACAUGUUAUUCCUUCUCCUGAAGUAGUUCUGAGAGGAAGUCAACGUGGCAGAGCUGACUAUCUUUUGGCAGCACCCAGCUAUUGCGCUGAAUGGUCACAUCACCAGGAAUCAGUAAAGUAUCUCACCACACUCAAGAGCCUGAUGUACGGCGGUGGUCCACUUGCUGCAGAUGUUGGUGACCGUCUCGUACGAGAGGGUGUGAAAGUCAUCAGUGUGUACGGCAUGACCGAAGUAGCUCAGAUUUUCGCUUUGAAAUUUGACGUUGACCAUCCUGAAGACUGGAGUUACAGCGAAUUGCACCCUUCCCUACGGGCAGAGUUUGUUCCAGAAGGCGAUAACCUCUACAGGCUAAUUGUCAUAGACACGGAUAAUCAUCCAAUCGCUAUCUCGAACCAAACAAACGUCAGUGCAUUCGACACGAAAGAUUUGCUGGAACAACAUCCCACAAGACGUCACCUGUGGAAGACCAUGGGACGUGUGGAUGACCUGAUAGUUAUGUCCAACAGAGAGAAGACCAACCCCAGCCCCAUGGAGAGUAUUUUGAAUGGAAAUCCUCACAUCAGAGCCUCUAUGAUGUUUGGUAGUGGACGAUUUCAGGUUGGUGUCGCCAUCGAGCCAGCAGGGCACAUCUGCAGCAUCACCAAUGAUGAAAGUCUUGCGGAGUUCCGCAAUCUGAUUUGGCCCGAUGUUGAGAAGGCAAAUACAAUCGCACCCCAGCACUCCAGGAUUUUCAAGGAGCUUAUCCUCGUUAUUGAUCCCAAAGGAAGCUCAUUUACUAGGACGCCGAAGGGGUCCAUUAACAGGAACUCUACUCUCCAACAGCUUGCUGACGAGAUCGACGCCCUUUACGCUGCCGCCGAACAGCUUGGUAGGAAAGCUUAA